CCCCGCCCCUUCCCAUCUGAGGGGUGGCAGGAAGGGGCCUGGAGAAAGAUGGCGGUGAAUCAGAGUCAUACCGAGAACCGCCGCGGGGCCAUCAUCCCUUUUGGCGAAAGUGUCUUGACUCAGUGUCAGGAUGUAGAGCUCUCCUUCCUACAGCAACCAGAGGGAUCCAGUCUCUUCAGUGGUACAAAGAGGGGAACACUGUUUCUCACUUCAUACCGGGUGAUCUUCGUGACCUCACACACAGUCAAUGACUCCAUGUUUUCUUUUAUGAUGCCAUUUCAUCUGAUGAGUAACUGCACCAUCGAACAACCAGUCUUUACCUCCAACUUCAUUAAAGGAAUCAUUCAGGCAGCUCCAGAUGGUGGCUGGGAAGGACAGGCUACUUUUAAAUUAGCCUUCAGAAAAGGAGGUGCCAUCGAAUUUGCCCAGUUGAUGAUGAAAGCUGCCUCUGCUGCUGCCAGAGGAGUUCCACUUGGAAGUGUAAAUUACUGGUUCAGCACUCCAGGACUGUACGUAUUUACUGGGCAGGGGGGCAUGAUGUGCUCCCAACAGAUGCCUUGUCCAGCAUACCCAUUUGUCGUCUAUGGACCCCCACAGGCAGGAUACAGAACCCCCCAAGUGGGAUACGGACACCUGCAGGCGGGAUACGGCCCCUCGCCAGGGGUGUGUGGAACCCCACAGGUGGGAUACAGACCCCCACAAGCAGGAUACGGGUCCCCACCUGUGGGAUACAGACCCCCACCUGGGGUAUGUGGAACCCCUCCUGCAGGAUACGGACCCCUACCAGCUGGAAAUGAAACCCCACCGGCUGCAAAUGAAGCCCCUCCUCCAGGAUAUGAAGUUCCGCCUGCUGGAAAUGGAGCUGGGUCUAGCAGAUUUAUGGCAGCCCAGCCUGCUGGACAUGAGCCUUCUCUUCCCCCUGCUUCAUCUUCCGAGGCCCAGCCACCAUCUUUCAGGAAAUAACCCUUGAAGACUCACCAAGCAAAGUGGCACUCAAGAACCAAGGUCAGGACAAGGAGGCGGACUCAGAGUUUCUUCUUUUCUCACUUCUAAACCUCUCUACAUGGGCAGAAGUGACAAGGAGAGGAAGAGGGAUUCUACCAACCAGAGCAGGAAUAGGGUUCCUAUUCCUCAUUCAACUUUUCAGUUUCUGCUGGAAUGUGAUGGUUGUUCAGAUGAUCCAACGGGAUCCCGUUGCCGAAAGCGUUUAUAAACUGGAACACCAACAUCAAAAAAUACAGUCAGAGUGGAAGCGGUAGGUAACCAGACCUGGACAGAGUCCCUGCUCCUGCCCCGAGCCACCCACCUGCCCUAGCCACAGGUGACAGGACCAAGGGGGACUUCCUGACCCCAAGGCAACCAGUCCACAGACUGGACACAAACGAUCAUUGCUAAUGCAACAUGGCUACGUACUUAGUGAUACCAAUUGAACAAUCACCGUGUGUGUGCCAAACUGUGCCGAGCAUUUUAAAGGAUCAUCCAUUUCAGUACUCAGAACCACCCUAUAUGAGGUAGCUACUAUUCUCAUUUUCCAACUGACAAAACUGAAGCACAGAAAAAAAUUAAGUCACUUUCCCAAGGAUAAGUGGCAGAGCAGGAACUAAAACUCCAAAGCAGGCCAAUUUGUUUCUCCAGGCAUCUAUCUGGCCUAUGUAAUAAUAACAUGUGCAAUAAUGUAAUUACGAUAGUUAUCACUGGUAGUAAAUGCUCGUCGGGUAAAAGAAGAGACAGCUAUAAAGUCAUAAGAUAAAUUGCAAAAAAAUCUAAGUCACCAGGGCUCUGAGUGAGGUAGGGACGAGGGGCCCACUCUGCCUGUAGAGGCUCUGCAGGGGGUACCAGGGCACAGGGCAGGGCAGUCUAGGGAGGGAAUGGCAAGAGUGUGUGUACUCUUCAUGAUCUUCCCCCUCCAGAGGACUAAUGUCACACAAGAGUCACUACAGACCAAGUUCUCAGGUUUCAAGAAACAUCAGAACUCCCUGGGAAGAUGGUUAACAAUGGGCAUCGCGAGGCCCUCUUCGAACAUUCUGAUCCAAAAGGUGGGGGUGGGGCCCUGGGAUCAGAUAGGUAAACAAGCUCCCAGGGUGAGUCUGAUGCAGCUGGUUCAAGGACACGUUUGAGAGACACUGAUCUAGAACGUGGCGGUGAGCAUCCGGGAAGACAGCACAGGGCGGUGGGGAGCAGGUCUGUGGUGGCCGUCCCCCUCCAUG